AUGCGACAUGGGGCUGAUUUCGGGAAUUCGGUAGGGAUCUGCGACGAAUUGAUGUGCCAGGAUCCAUGCGAUGCUUUGAACAUCACCGUCGUUCCAGACUUUGUCCACAAUGACCAUGGUGUCGGAAAUGACGGGCAUGCCGUCAUUGAGAAGCCAUCAGCGCGCAGACCGCCUUCGGUCGAAUACAUCGAUUUAGCGUCCAGGGAUUUAUUUCCUCGCAAACCCUACAACGUCUACCUUGACUACAAUGUUCAAGCGUGGUGUCAGAGAUGGCAUGGCUCUCAGCAGCCAUAUUUGGGGCCGCGAGGCGUACAUGUGAACAGCAGUCCAGACGACAUGCUUGAGGCCUUGGUUGUUGAUCCAAUUGGUAAGCGCCUCGUCUCGUCAUGUCCUGAGGAAUCGAAAUUCAUCGAUGGCAAACCUCUAAACCCAAACCCCAUGUUUGGCUCCUUUGCCGAAAGUGAGCUUGAUAGUACCCAUUGCUUGAUCGGAGUGGUCGACUUGGCCUCUACGGAUUUGACAUUGUUCGAGAUCGGCCCCUACUCCAAACUUUCGGGAGUCCGGAUGUUGAUUGGAGAUAUGUCGAUUGGGGCCAAUUGCAAGGCCAGUGUGAGGAAGCAAACAAACCUCGCUUUAGUCGUAGUCCUGGGCAAAAUUUGGUUCUUGCAUAGCCUGAGACUGAAAAGCCUCUGUCUCUGA